AAAAUCGGGAAAAAAAAGAUGAGCAGCAGCAGAAGCAGCACAAGAGAGAGUUGCAAAAUCGAGUCGAAAGGGGGCAUCAGCCUCGAUGCCCGGAUCUACAGGCCCACCGCCGGAGACUCAAACGCCACUUUGAUCGCCGUUUUGGUUCACCCUUACUCCGUUCUGGGCGGAUGCCAGGGUCUGAUGAACGGAAUUGCUCGAGGACUCGCCGACAGGGGCCUCACAGCUGUCACCUUCGAUAUGCGCGGCGUCGGCAAGUCCACUGGUCGGGCUUCAAUCACGGGUUUCUCCGAAGUUGACGACGUCGUUUCCGUCUGUAAAUGGGCGUCCCAAAACCUCUCCGCCCCUCGCGUUCUCCUCGUCGGAUCUUCAGCAGGUGCCCCGAUUGCUGGCUCUGCAGUUGACCAGAUUGAAGAAGUUGUUGGCUAUGUGAGUUUAGGUUAUCCUUUUGGAUUAACUGCCUCGAUUCUCUUUGGAAGGCAUCACAAGAAUAUAUUACAGUCUCCAAAACCUAAACUCUUUGUGAUGGGUACGAAGGAUGGUUUCACAAGCGUCAAACAGCUUGAAAACAAGUUGAAGAAUGCUGCUGGCCGCACUCAAACGCAUUUGAUUGAUGGAGUCAGCCAUUUUCAAAUGGAGGGACCAACUUAUGAUGGGCAGAUGGUGAAUUUAAUCCUUGAAUUUAUCUCGUCGUUGUGAAGUUUAUUAAGGCUUCGUUUGGGGCUGUUUGAAUUCGUUAGGAUUAUAUUGUCCAUGAUAAUGUGAUGUAUUAUUAUUAUCUUAUGUUAAUUGGGGAGGUGUGGUGAG